AUGAGGACUCUUAAGCUUCAGCUUGACUACGUUCUGGUGAGGAACAUUCCUCAGUCAGAUAUCCGAAAGUCUAGAGCUGUUUGGAACGUCGCGUUCGACCCUGACCACCGUCCAGUUCUCCUCAGCUUCAAGAUACGGCUUCACAAGAGAAACCGAGGAGUUCCUCUUCAACCGAAAAUCGACAUGGCGGAAACAAAAUCCACGUACAAUUCUGUAUGUGUCGCGCGCAGCACUGAUGACUUCAGCCAGGAAAAGCGUCUUAGAAGGAAGCUGCGUCGUCAACUGCAACAAGACCGUGAUAACGAGUGGACGUCAAGAGCGAUGGAGUAUGAGAAAGCGUGGGAGGACAGGAACCCGCGGAAAGCCUGUGCUUUACUGAAACAGUAUAGCGGCAAAAUGAAAAGAUGUUCUCCUGUCCUCAACAAUGCCAAUGGAGUACCUGUCGGUGAAGCAAUCCUUCCAAUUUGGAGAGAACACUUCAAGACCUUGCUGAACCGACUAGCACCGUCAACUCCUGAACUCGAACACGUUCAUAGACCGACGUAUGCGGUUAACGAAGAGCCACCGACCGUGUCGGAGGUCCUGGUCUGUAUUCAGAAAAUGAAGAAUGGAAAAUCUGGUGGAGACGACGGGAUUAGCGCAGAAAUGCUAAAAUAUCUUCCUCCGUCUGGGAUUCGUGAGAUGACAAAGAUCAUCCGUCCAAUAUGGAUAGACGAAAGGACACCUGAUUCGUGGAGGCACGCUAUCAUAAUUUCCCUCCACAAGAAGUUAUCCGUCACGGACCCCAGGAAUUAUCGAGGAAUCUCUUUGCUGCGUGUUAUGUACAAGGUAUUGGAGCGCAUUAUCCUGGACCGACUCAUUAAAAAUCGCGAAGAAACAACGCGCGACGAGCAAGCUGGCUUUCGUCCUGGCCCAUCUACGAUUGAACAGGUGUUCAUCGUCAAGAGAGUGAUCGAAAUCUGGCAGCGAUAUUCGAAGAUAAUGCAAUAA